CUUCUGGUCGCGAGCGCAGCAGCCGCUCCCCUAGCAUCUGCGCCCAUGAAGCGCCAGGAACCCGGCAACACGACUACACCCACUGGCGGAAACAAGCUCAUCACAGUCAUUGUCGGCGGACCGCAAGACACCUUCAUCCCGAACAAAGUCAACGCCGCGCCUGGAGACAUCAUCCAAUUCCAGUUCAGCAAUGGAAACCACACGGUGACGCAGUCGACCGCGACCGAUGCGUGCAAGCCCCUGGCAGGCGGCGUCCACAGUGGACAUAUUCCCUUCCAGGACGGACAGCAGACUGUGGGAACGUUCAAUAUGUUGGUACCGAGCUCGGACACUAUGUUCCUGUACUGCGCGACUGGGCCGCAUUGCCAGAAUGGCCAGGUUAUGAUCGUCAAUCCCGCAAAUGACCAGCAGAUUCUCGACUACACCAAGUUGGCCGCGGCAUCAGGAGAGAGUGUCGACGGUGCCGAAGCAAGAGGCGGCAUCAUUAGCGAGCUUCCGCUUGCCAACGCGGCCUUUACGCCUGCCCCACCUGAGGAGGUAAGUUCUACUCCAGCGGCUCCUCCCGCAUCUCCGGCAGAGGCUGCACCACCAGCGCCG